CACCUGGAGUGGGACGGCGGAGCAAACAUGAACGUUGGAGUUGCCCAUAGUGAAGUGAAUCCAAAUACCCGGGUAAUGAACAGUCGGGGUAUGUGGCUGACAUAUGCUUUGGGAGUUGGCUUACUUCAUAUUGUCUUGCUAAGUAUACCCUUCUUCAGUGUUCCUGUUGCUUGGACCUUAACAAAUGUUAUACAUAAUCUGGGGAUGUAUGUAUUUUUGCAUGCAGUAAAAGGGACACCUUUUGAAACUCCUGAUCAGGGUAAAGCAAGGCUCCUAACUCACUGGGAACAGCUGGACUAUGGAGUACAGUUUACAUCUUCACGGAAGUUUUUCACAAUUUCUCCAAUAAUACUAUAUUUUCUGGCAAGUUUCUAUACGAAAUAUGAUUCAACUCAUUUCAUCCUAAAUACUGCUUCUCUCCUGAGUGUGCUAAUUCCCAAAAUGCCACAGCUACAUGGCGUUCGGAUCUUUGGAAUUAAUAAGUAUUGAAAUGUUCUGAAACGGAACAAAAAUUGUUUUUUUCAGCUACUGUUUCCUAUAAGGAAAGGUAGUUAGUAAACGGCACUCUUUCUCUGAUAAUGUGAAAAUAAGAGGUAUUUACAUUAGAGGCCAGUUGCUGGUCCUUCAUAUGCUGUUUGAAGUGCAGAUUUGUACUAAAGGGUACCUCGUUUAAUGCAGCUGUUCUAUUUCUGAAGAGAGACUUUAUGUAGGUAAGCUGGGCAGGCCCAGCUUAUUAAUUAGAGAAGUUCAAGGAAAUGAGAGAUUUAAAAGAAACCAGGACUAGCUUAGCUCAUAAGGAAUGGUUAUUAUGUUAGAAGAAAAUUUCUAAUUAGUCAUGGUCCAUUUAAGCAGAUAUGUAAACCAGAAUCAUCUUUAUACAAAGUUUAUUAUAGAUUUUUUUAAUUGCCAUACAUAUUCUGUGUUUAGACCUAAGAGGACAUAGCCCAUCUUGUUUGUACAAGUCAGUUUUAUACCUUAUGAAUAUACUUUUUUUUACAUUUUUGGUUUCGCUGGCUCAACAUUGUGUGUUGAUCGAUAAGGUCAUUUUUACAUUUAUUAAGUUACUGAGUUGGUGAAUGUCCACCUUUAUGUCUGAUAAUUGAUAAGAGAUAGGCAUAUUACAAAUAGCCUAUUAUCAGCCUUCUCAUUUUGGAACAACAUGGGGUUCUGCUGCCACUUCAGAUGCAUAAAGCUAAUUCAGAACAUUGAUUUCAAACCACUAAUAUACAGGAUAACUUAAACUUCAGUUUAUUUGGUUAAGUCAUCUAUUUGUUAAGAUCUAUGAUUCCUUAAGAAGGUAAUAUAAAAUGAAUUCUAUUAUAGACAACCUAUGGUUGGCAGAAACUACUUUUUUAGCAAUUAUAUCACAGUAAACAAUAAAAACUUUAUAGCAGGUUUUCACUAAACAUAUCAGCAUCUUAGCUCUUGCUCUCACCCUGACAUUUUGCACAGUAACAUUUGACUUUCAUUGAGUCUUAGUUUAAAUAAUCCAAAAUGGCAAUCUUUUCCAAAGCAGCACAUACUGAAUUCUUAUGACUUGGAAAAGCUUCUUAUCAUUGUUGACAUUAAUUACCAAAACACUAUACAUUCUAUUUCAAAACUAAUACAAGUUAAAAAUAAGUUCUGAUACGGAAUGAAACUUAAAAAUAGAACAAUUCUUAAAAUGUAUAAAAUUGAGUGCAAAGAGAUAGACCAACUUAAAAAUCAAUUUGUUUCGAUAAACUAACUGUUGGGGGGAGUGGUAUUGAUCAUUGUUUUGUAUUUCAAAAGUACUACAAUUAGAAAUCAGUUAUAUCAUAAUGCCUUUGUAUGUUUGUCCUUUUCCCAUGUAUUUUUAGUAUAAUAAAACUUUUCUUUGAUGUAAGAU